AUGAGCCAAGACGGCUUGGAAGACACGACAGGGAUCACCCUGUUCGCGAAGCAGACGAAAAAGCGGCGCAGAAAGGAGAAAGAAACAGGCGACGCUGCCCAAAAGCCACCUCCUGAAACAGAAAACGACAGCAAAAGUGUCGAGCAGAACACCGCUGCCCUUGGUGCAGAGACAGCCGCAAAUGAUGAGGCUACUGAGAGGCAGGAGCCAGCGAGCACCAGCGGCCAGGAGGCCCCUGUGACCUUCAGGAGCCUGGGUAUCUCAGAGUGGCUUGACAGGGUCUGCAAAUCGCUGGGAAUGGUGCGGCCGACGCAGGUGCAGCGCGGCUGCAUCCCGGCCAUCCUCGGCGGCCGGGACGUUCUUGGAACGGCGCACACCGGCAGCGGAAAAACCGCCGCUUUUGCGCUGCCCAUAUUACAGCGACUCGCGCGAGAACCUUAUGGCAUCUUCGCCCUUGUGCUCACGCCAACCAGGGAGUUGGCGAUGCAGCUGGCGGACCAGUUCAGGGCACUCGGCUCCGGCAUGUCCCUCACGGAUGCGGUGGUGAUUGGUGGGCUGGACAUGCAGAGCCAGGCGAAGGCUCUGGCGCAGCGGCCGCACAUCAUUGUCGCCACCCCUGGACGGCUGAGGGAUCUGCUGAGCGCGCAUGCUGACCUGGCGGAGGGCUUCAAUCGCGUGGCGUUCCUGGUCCUGGACGAGGCGGACCGCCUGCUCGAACCCACCUUCGAAUCCGAGCUGCGAGUCAUCGCGAGUCACCUGCCAGCUCAGCGCCAGACGCUGCUUUUCUCCGCCACCCUCACCCGGAGCCUCGCCACCCUGCAGGCAUCAGCCCUGCGCGACGCCUUUUUGUUCCAGGCAGAUGCAUAUGAGGGGCUGGAAACAGCAGUGAACCUGCGAGAGGACUACCUCUUCAUCCCUGCCAAGGUGCGGGAGCUGUACCUGGUGCACGUGCUGGAGUCCUUGGAGGAGUUCUCUAUCCGCAGCGCGAUAGUUUUCUGCUCUACCUGCCGCGGCUGCCAUCUGCUUUCUCUGCUGCUGGCAGAGCUGGGCGUCGCCUCUGUAGCGCUGCAUUCUCACCUCACGCAAGGGCGCCGCUUGGCUGCAUUACAUAGGUUCAAGUCGGGGGGCGUGCCCAUUCUGCUGGCGACGGACGUGGCGAGCCGGGGCCUGGACAUUCCCACAGUGGACCUCGUUGUGAAUUAUGAGCUGCCCUCUCUGCCGCGCGAUUACGUGCACCGCGUCGGCCGAACCGCGCGCGCCGGCCGCGGCGGCUGGGCGCUAAGCCUCGUCACGCAGUAUGACGUGGAGUUGGUGCAGCACAUAGAGAGCUUGAUCGGGCACCAGCUGCGAGAGUUCACUCUGGACGAGGCCCAGGUGCUCAAGGGGAUCACAAGGGUGUAUUCGGCAAAGCGCUCGGUGGCAGUGAAAGCUCUGGAGGAUGAGUCACGCGAUGACAAACACCGCCAGCUCAUCAGGCGCAAGAGCGGUCCCAAGAAAGCCAAGAAAGUGAAGGGAGGCACUGAUUAG